GAGGCAUUUCUCUUUUGUAUAGUGAUACUCAUUAAAAACCUAUUCUAAAGUCGACUAGAAUCAAAAAUUCAGCGAGGAACUCGCCAGUGAAAUCGGUGUCCCAAUAUGGAACCCUUAAGACGGAAAGAAGGAAGGGAGAAAGUGGCCCAUUCGGAAGAGUCCUGGCAUCACUUGGUUUCUGAUGUGAUAGUAUCGCAACCGCCGGACAUCUACGACUGUAGCAAUCUUAGACAGCACGUUCAGGCUAUAUUGCAGACCUCCGAAACUCCUGGGAUCAAAAAUCGCAAUAAACGCAAGAUGUCGAAUUCAAAAGUAUUGAUCAAGCGUCUGAAGCUCAAGAUACGAAAGCUAAAUAAGAAGUGCAAAAAGAUUACCAGGCAAUUGGACACUUUUCGCAAUUCUCUCAACGAUCCCAAUCUUUCAGGCGAAGCUGUUUAAAAAUUUUGGAUGCUUCGAUGGGACCAAUUCGGAUCAGUUAUUCGUUUAAAAUUAUGAUCCCUAUUAUACACGAGAAUAGUUGUUGUAUGGAAUUGUUGUGGAACCGGAAAUUUUAAUAAAUGUUUUUCUCCAAAAUAUACUUUUUACUUCGCCA